AUGAAGCCAUUCUGGAAAGAAUUGAGUAAAUUUUUUGAUGAAAAGGCUGCUGUUCAUGAAAGGCGAUCAAAUGACAAACUUUACUUACCAUUUGCCAUUUCAGUGGAAGAUCUCAGACGCCAAAUACUUGAUAGACUGCCAGAGGGUUCAGAGGCUCCAUCUGUGUCUUGGCUAAAACUGAACUUUAGUCCCGCAAAUGUGUACAACACAACUGCUAAAAAUUACACUGGACAAUACAACGUAGGGUUUGCAGUACAGCAAAGAUUAGUCCGAGUUCAGCAUCUUGACUCUCAUUAUUGCGCUGUGUUAUUUUUAAUGCUGAAGGAAUUUGCAUGUCAGAUGCGAGAGUAUUCAACUUUUCAAUGCAUGGAUGAUAAGGCUAUUGUACCUUUGGGUGAACCUGGUCAUCCAGUUUCAACUGGAGUACGUGCCCACCAUGGAGGCCUGAUAGGAGGGUGCAUGAAGGUGGUAGCUUUGGACCAUGACUUUCAUGUUGGUGGGAUCAUUCCAUCUGUCUGUUUCAUGAAUGAUAUACCGGAAAACCCAAAAGACUCGUUUUAUAACGGACAUCUUUAUGUUACUGUUAAAGACAAGGUUUUCCAAGCCCCAUCUCCACUGCGACAUUCAACUGAAAGCGUGUCUUUGAUGCGACAGUGCUACUCAGAUGAUGAUGUGAAUCUUCGAACUCCGGUGCUCAUCCGUUACACUGAUGGUGGACCAGACCACAGGACAACAUACAAAAGUGUGAAAAUUUGUGCUCUAAUGGAGUUCAUCGCUCUUGACUUGGACAUGAUAGUGUGUGCACGAACGGCCCCAUGUGGCAGUUAUGCAAACCCAGCAGAAAGAACAAUGAGUCUCCUUAAUUUAGCUUUACAGAACGUAGCAUUGGAGCGAACUGCAAUGUCUCCAAAUUGCGAAAUGCAAAUUAAGUCAGUAAAUUCACUCAAAAGUCUACGAAACUUGGCAAGUAAAAACCAGAGAAUUAAAGAAGAGUACACACAAGCAGUUGGUGUAACACUGAACAUUUUGAAAGAAAGAUUUAAACGUCUAAGUUGGAAAGGAGAAAGUGUAUGUGUGCAAGAGGCGGCUAGUCAAGAAGAGAUGAAUGCUUUGGUGGAGAUACUGAAAGUGCUGGAUGAGAAUAUUCAGUCAGACUCAAAUUUGUCAAAUCUGCAAUCUAAAGCAGUUGAUGCUUUCCUUGAGUCCCAUUCCAGAAGUCGUCAAUAUAUAUUUCAGAUCAAGAAGUGUUUGGCAGACAACUGUGGGUAUUGUGUACUUAAUCCUCCCCGGCUUCCAGAUGAAGUAUUCCAUGGCCUGCAUUUUGUGCCAGAUCCAACAAAGGAUGAAAACGGGCAGUACAAAGGCUUUAAGGAUCUGUAUGGGACAGAAACUAAUGAUAUGGACAGGUCAAGUCUGAAAGGGAAAUCUGGAGAAUCAUCAGAAAGAGACAAGAAAUUCAAAGCUGUAUUGGUAGGAACAAAAGUAACGGGAUUUGUGAUCUGCACUGAGCGUGGGAAGAGAAGGGUCAUUUAUGCAAGCAGAAAAUUGAACAGAAUGGAGGAAAGAGCGGUGGAACGGGUUCAAGAAAAAUUACUUUAUAUAUGUGGCAGUCCUUUAUUUCCUGGAGGCCAGUAUCAGGACAUCAUUCUGUGCAGACAGAACAUCGAUUGUUCAUCUCCAAUUGAGACACAGUAUUACGCAGGAGCAACACAGAUUUUUGAUGCUGUUUGCUUUCACUGUGGAGACUCGGAUGUUUCUAACUCUGAGGAAUUUAGGCGAUUGCAAGAAGAUUUCGCCAUUGUCCGGCCAAUAUGCCAAGCAUGUCUUCACGCAGGAAAACAAAUUUCUACCCGGAAUGCAAAAAAAACGCAGAAAAUGAUUUAUACUCAUACACUGAAUCCAAAUAAAUGAUAAACAUAAUUUUACUGUGUGAUUGAUUUUCAUUUUUAUCAUUUUAUUAAAAAAAAAAAAAACUCUUUUUGUGAAUUUUAUUUUUUUUAUUGUCUCGACUCAACAUAUUUUUAGCUU